AUGGGGGAGAAUAAUGGGCUCGGGCCUAUUAUGAUUUACGCAAAUAAUCACAAAAAAAAGGUGUCAAUUAAAAUCAAGAUAUAUUUUUUACUCCUGCCAGAUAUUCCUCUUCUCUCUCGUCGGCUCCAUGGAAAACGAUUCUCGGAUCGCCUACCUGGAGAUGACGACCGCGGGAAUGGCUCGGUAGACGAUCUCGUCGAGGGAGUAAGACUCGGUGGAGAAUGGGUCGGCGUUGAAGGGGACGUACUUGGCGGAGAAGCCGUGGGACGAGGCGUGGCGGCGGGCCUCGUCGCGGAUGUUCUCACCUGCAGGGCGGCGGCGGUGGACCCUGGAGGGUUUUGGGUGAGAAAAUAG